CUAACUUCAACUAAAACCUCAACUCCUCCUGACUUAAGGAGCAGAAGGAGGAAGGAGUUUGUCUCGUUGUCACACCGUCUACCUUUACUAUGGCGUCCAAGUUCUUUGAGAUAUCUGCUAAACGGCUAACCGGAGAAGUUCUAAACUUCUCCUCCCUUAAGGGCAAAGUGGUCCUCAUCCAGAACGUCGCGUCGCUCUGAGGGACCACCUCCAGGGACUACCUCCAGAUGAACGAGCUCCACGCCCGCUACAGCGGCCAGGGGCUAGUUAUCCUGGCGGUGCCCUGCAACCAGUUCGGACAUCAGGAGAACCUCAAGAACGAGGAGAUCCUGGCCUCCUUGAAGCACGUCCGCCCGGGGAACGGCUUUGAACCCAAGUUCGAGCUGCUUCAGAAGUCGGAUGUGAACGGGAAAGAUGCCCAUUCGCUGUUCGUCCUUCUGAAAGAGAAGCUUCCGUUUCCGUCCGAUGACCCCAAUUCCCUCAUGACCGACCCGAAGUGCAUCAUCUGGAGCCCAGUCUGCCGGAACGACAUCUCGUGGAACUUCGAGAAGUUCUUGGUGGGGCCGGACGGGGUUCCGUUCAAACGCUACAGCCGGAACUUCCUCACCAGCGAAAUCGAAGCUGACAUUAAGAAGCUUCUUAGUUUGAAAAAAUAAGCUCUCCUAUGCCGUCCAUAUUUGGCUUUAUUUCAAAUGAGUAUAUCGUAACUACCUGUGCUCUGUUGUACACAAUGUGCCGUCAUGAACCUUUAUUUAAUGAAGGUCUCCCCUGAAACCAAAGCCUUGUGAGGGGGGGACCGGAUGUCUCCUAAAGACACGACGACUCCACUGUUCACCUGAAGUACAGCUCUAGUUUCACUCGCAAAUAAACAUUUUACAAGAUA